AUGCAAAUCUUCGUAAAGACGCUCACCGGCAAGACCAUCACGCUCGACGUCGAGCCCUCGGACUCGAUCGACAACGUCAAGCAGAAGAUCCAGGACAAGGAAGGUAUCCCGCCGGAUCAGCAGCGCCUCAUCUUCGCUGGCAAGCAGCUCGAGGACGGCCGCACGCUUAGCGACUACAACAUUCAGAAGGAGUCGACGCUCCACCUCGUGCUCCGCCUGCGCGGUGGCAUGCAGAUCUUUGUCAAGACGCUGACGGGCAAGACCAUCACGCUCGAUGUCGAGCCCUCGGACUCGAUCGACAACGUCAAGCAGAAGAUCCAGGACAAGGAGGGCAUCCCGCCGGAUCAGCAGCGCCUCAUCUUCGCCGGCAAGCAGCUCGAGGACGGCCGCACGCUCAGCGACUACAACAUCCAGAAGGAGUCGACGCUCCACCUCGUGCUCCGCCUUCGUGGCGGUUGCUAAGCAGCGCUGUACUCGUGUUGUAUCUCUUAAUAUGAAGCACGUCAUUUCCUGAACAAACUGAGUCUUCGAUAUGUCCA